AUAUGUGGGAGGGGAGCAUCCGCCCACAAAAGCCAUAGCAAUUUUAGUGUGCCUCAAAUGCAAUUGUGCAUCAAAAAAGUGAACGAUUGGAAUUUCGGCAAAUAUUGACGAGUGAAUUCCGCGUGGGAAUUUCAUCCGAGGCGCAGUAAAAAAGAGAGAGAAACGGCCAGGCGAGACGGUUUGGCAUUCGCAUAUAUUUAAAUGAGAGUGGGUGGGCCGACGGAGCUCUCUGACAGACCUUCAUGUACAUCCGCGAAGGAGUAUUAUUCAAUUGCGAAACUAACUGAACAAAUUGGGCGAAUUUAACUCGCGCGGGAGGGCUGCUGUCGAACCUGACCCGCUCGGACUCUAUCGGCAUUUUGCGCUCCGUUAUAGAAGGGUGUUUUUGCAUUGGCACCGCCCUUCCUGACGGGGUGGGUCCGUGCGUCAGAGCUGCGCCACAGUCUGCGGCCGCUGGAGAAAAUAGGCCGUCCUUCUGCUGGGCUUCUGCCUGCCUGCCUUCCACGGCGUCCGGCCUUUUUUUCUCUUAAACAACUCCUCUCCGGGUUUUAUUAAUGCGGAAUGAGUGAUCAGAAGAAGGAAGCCAUGGCCACAGAUGGGGGGAAGAGCGGUGGAGGUGAUGCGGGUACGAAGAGGAAAAGUUCAGGAUCGCAGGAGGCACAACCGUCUCCCCUCGCAUUGCUUGCAGCGACAUGCAGUAAAAUAGGAGGAGUCGGAGGUGACGGUCAGGCGGCAACACAGCAACAGAUACUAAUCGACCCCAAUCAGGGCCUGCUGCAGCUCCAGAACCCCACGCAGCAGAUCGAGCUGGUGCCUGCGCAGUUAACAGGAAACGGCUGGCAGAUCAUAGCCACUUCCCCCGCCACCACAACCGUAACCAAGGACUGCAUUCAGCAGACGGCGACCGGCGAAGGUGCGGGGGGGCGAAAGGUGAAGGCGGUGGCUUCCAAUAAUGCACCUGCCGGACAGCAGCAGCAGUUUCAAAUCAUCCAGGUGCAGAAUUUGCCUAACUCAACAGGCGGCAUCCAGUACCAGGUCAUUCCACACCUGCAGACCGCAGAUGGACAGCAAAUCCAAAUAAGCCCCAGCAACCCCACGGCCCUGAGCGUUCAGCCGGAACAGAUCCAACUCAUCCCCACCGGAAACAACCAAGCCAUCUUCGCCACACCCCAGAGGGCGGGCUCAGCCAGCAUCGUCACACAGAAUCUAGCCAAUCAGACGAUUCCCCUUCAGAUCCGGCCGUCGUUCCCUCUUCAGCUGCAAACCAUUCAGGGUACGCAAGCUCCCAUGGUGACCACGUUACCCAUCAACCUCGGCGGCAUGACCUUGGCUCUACCGGUCAUCAACAACAUGGGGGGAGGGGGCGGAUCGGUUCAGCUGGUCCAAACAAGUGACGGAUGCAUUUCUAAUGGCAACCAGCUGAUAGCCACAACCGUCACGAGUGCGGCAGAGUCCGUGGGUGCUUCCACCUGCACAACGACCGCGUCGGGCACGGAUUCCAUCGUCGUGACAACCACGGAUGGCACGACGAUAUCAACGGUAGCUACCGAGGGCCAGAAGGACGGUCAGUCGGGGGAGUCAGACGUGGCCCAGUCCAACGGGCUCCAAGCAGCGUCGGAGCAGGCUGGCCAAAUCCAGCAGUUCCAAAUUGUGGGCCACCCCGUUCUCCAACAGUUCCAGAUCCAACAGCCCCAGCAGCAGGUUGUCCAGGGGUCCAUCCAGAUCCAGCCCGGGCAGACUUUACAGUCGGUUCAGCAGAGCCUCCAGCUUCAGGCCUUUCAGAACCCAACCCAGGUUCUGAUCCGAACGCCCACUCUUACGCCCUCGGGGCAGAUCAGCUGGCAGACCGUGCAGGUGCAGAACGCGGGCAUGCCACAACAGCUGACGCUCACACCUGUGACGUCGAACGCGAGCGGGGGGACCUUCACUCAGAUCACCCCGCUGACGCUCGGAGGGUCACCCAUCACGCUGAGCGCGGCACAGCUGCCCUCCGGCACAGGGGUGCAGACGGUGAACAUUGCGGGAUUGGGGACAGCUGGAGUCCAGGUGCAGGGUGUCCCUCUCACCAUCACGGGUGUGCAAGGUCAGCAGCAGGGUCAGGAGGGGGUCAAAGUUCAGUCCACCCCUGUGACGGUGACCGUUGGCAACAUCAGCAGCACGACCCUGAACGCGGUGAGCCCGGAUCAGAUGGGACAGGUCCAAAGCCCAUCCGAUCAGGAGGGUCAACCCAGCAAGAGACUCCGCAGGGUGGCCUGCUCCUGUCCCAACUGCAGGGAUGGAGAGGGGAGAAACAACAGCGAUCCGUCCAAGAAGAAGCAGCACGUGUGUCACAUGGAGGGUUGCGGGAAGGUUUACGGUAAGACAUCUCACCUGAGAGCUCACCUGCGCUGGCACACGGGAGAAAGACCCUUCGUCUGCAACUGGAUCUUCUGAGGGAAACGCUUCACCCGGAGCGACGAGCUCCAGCGACAUCGCAGGACACACACAGGAGAGAAGAGGUUCGAGUGUCCGGAAUGUUCCAAGAGGUUCAUGCGGAGCGACCACCUGUCAAAGCACAUCAAAACCCACCAGAACAAAAAGGGAGGGACGGCACUUACCAUCAUCACCACAGAGGACAUGGAGGAGGAGGUGGACGAGGUCCUGGGGUCGCCGAGGAUCGUCACCGUGGCGUCGCUCCAGCCGGAUUCUAACCCGGCCACGCCCACCACCUCAAACAAUUUAGAGGAGGAGUUCGAGUAGUUUUCCCUCCAGAUGUAAUCGUCUACGAGCACCAGAAUAUUGUUGGCUUGUUUAUAUGUUGAUUUGUUUAUGUUCUUCAUUCUUUUCUAUCGACGAUGGACAGCUGUUUGAGCGUAGUCGAUUUUUCAUAUGGAAAUUUAAUAUUAUCAAAAUAUAAUGAAGAAUAAUCUAAAGAAAGUGGAAAUGCUAUGAGCUGAUAAAAGUUUGUUUUAUUUCGAGUAGCACAAGAUGUUCCCGAGAAUAGUCGAAAAUCUGUCGCUAUGCACAAAAUAUUCUGUAUCUGUUGUUCCGGUCGAGGAUGAGAAUCUUGGAGUCAUGCAUUGGUGUGUAGUGUGCAUACUAUCAGGCUUAAAACAAGAGCACCUAAUGGUCAGAAAGUUUUGAGGGCCUUGGCACAAGCUCAGCGCGAGUCUCGCAUACAGAAUUCUUUAGAAUUUCAAGCUCCGGAAUUCGAAUAAUUUGCCCUGCACAAGAGCAACGCGAACCGACACUCAAAGUCAACGUUUAUGUAGGAGAAGCAGCGGAAGUGGCCGUUUCGAUGGGUCGGUAAAAAAAGCACAUUAGAUUUACAAAUAAUGCAUUCCAGUUUUCAGAAAAGCUUAUGAUUUCUGUAAAAAACGAAGUAAAAAGAGAAAAGAAAAACAAUCGGGCUUUCUAUGUUAAAUGAAAGCAAUACUAUACAGACAAUCUUUGUAAAACCAUGUUUACAUUACGAAGGGGUAGAAUAGGUUUCUUUCAGAAAAACGAGAAAAAAAAGGAUCUCUGAUCUUAUAUAAACUGUACUCAGAUGCCUUAACACUUACUGCAGUACCACUAUGUCACGGCUGGGCAGGGGAACGUGGGCUUCGACUGUGUUUGCGUGCAGUAGUGCCCAGUCGACCACACAAUCUUUUUUAUAUGAUGGUGAACACUGUGGCCAGUGAAGACUGGGUACUUCGAUGAGGGUCCCGAUGAUCUUUUUAAGCCCCUUUCUUUGCUCCGUCUGUCCGGGUGAGAUGUAGACAAACCGGCCCUUUUCAUUUGAAUGUGUUCUCCUGUCGUCCGUAGACUCUCACGCUCCCUCCAAAGAGAUUCAACCCUGUUACAUCCAUACAACCCCUCCUUCUGGACUGAUACCAGAUGAUUCUGCUGGGUCACCGUGGGACAGAUCAGACCCUGAAGCCACUUAGAUCAGUUUGAUGUUCAGAAAUACGUGUGGUGGCGUUUCUUCGUGAGUUUUCCAGUAUUGUUUUUUGUUCAUAAUUCAUUUCAGGCCCCUGUUUUUGGUCAGCACACAACACACGAGUAGAUGAUGCCCGUGUGCGCGUGUGCGUCUAAUUUAUUAUUUAUCCUUCUCUUAGUAUUUGCUAAUGUGUAUCGUGCGCUGUUAAUGCAGAGAUGACGUGCUGCAUGGUUCAUUUCCACUAACUAUUUAGUAAUGAUCUGUUAUUUCGAAACGUGGUCCUUUUAGAAAGUUUAACCACGGCUUUUAAUUUAUCUUGAGUUUUCAGAACAUAACUUGUUUCAAAAGAAAAAGUCGAAGAAAAAAAAAGUUGAAAAAGACAUGGUUGAUACCAAACGAUUAUAAAUAUAGAUGUUUUUGGUAAUAUUUUCUGUGGCGGCCGAUUUUCUUUAAGAUUUUCUAGUGACACCUCAUUUGUAAAUCAUUUUUCUAAGAUGUUUCUUUGUCCUCAUGGCAUUUGAUAAUUGGUUUUUUGCCAGGUUAGCCUGAAAGGCUGAAGUUUAUUGAUAUUUUUAAAUAACUUUGUACAAACGUGUUAUGUUAAGGGGGGGAAGAAAAUGAAAACAAAAAUAUUUGCCUGCAUAACACUUGAAAUUAAAGUUUCUGUCUUAAAUGUA